GCUAAAAUAGCAGCCAAUCAAAUGAAAGACUUUGAUUGGAUUUCCGAAAAGGAGAGAAUGGAAAUGGCAGUAGCUGAAAAAAGGAAGAAAGAAUUGGAAGAAUUGGAAGCAAAACUGAGUUUGGAUGAGCUCCCGAAAAUAGAAGCCGAAAAGGAGAGAAAAGAAAUGGCACUAGCUGAAAAAAAGCGGCUAGCAUUGGAAGCUAUACGGUUGGAAGAAGAAAGACUAAUGGCGCGAUAUAAAGAUGUGUUCGAGAAAAUAAAAGCCAACCAAAUGGGAGACUUCCAUUGGAUUUCCCUAAAGAUGAGAAGUGAAAUGGCACUACUUGAAGAAAAGAGGCAAGAAAUUGAGACAGGGAAGAAAAAAGAAACGGAACGAAAAAAGAAGAGGAAGAUGAGGAAACGAGACGUGGAGUAUGGGCUCUUCGAACUGGACAGACGUCUGCUGGAGGGUACUGGGGUAGAACAUCCUGCUGUUCCAAAAUGAUAUGCAAUAAAAGCUGCACGUAGGAGUCAACGUGAACGUCU